CACUCGGGGAGCUGCCCCUUUAAGUCCAAAAUGGCCGCCGGCCCCGCGGCGCAUUCUCCGCCGCUGCCCCGCCCCGCUCCCGUCUCUGCCCCCACUUCCGGGGCGGUGCCCGGGAGGCCGGAAGUGUGUCGCGCUCGCAAGAUGGCGACUCCCUAUGUGACUGACGAGACCGGGAAGUACAUCGCGUCCACGCAGCGGCCGGACGGGACGUGGCGGAAGCAGCGGCGAGUGAAGGAGGGAUACAUCCCGCAGGAGGAGGUGCCGGUGUACGAGAACAAAUACGUGAAGUUUUUCAAAAGCAAACCCGAGCUGCCACCGGGACUGAGCCCGGAGGCCGCAGCACCAGCCGGCCGUGCCGACAACGCCGAGACGGGACUGUCUAGAACAGCCAAAAGGAACUUAAAACGCAAAGAGAAACGGAAGCAGCAGCAGGAGAAGGGGGAGCGGGAGGCAGACGGACUGAUCCAGGCGCUGGAAAAGGUCUCGCUUGCCAGAGGGGACAACGAGGGACCCCCGGGGGACAAUGACGCGGCUGCGCCGCAGCUGGGCUGCCCCCCUGGCCCUCCUGCCGAGGGGGGGGACGCCCCCAGCGCCGAGAGAAGCCGCAAAAUCAAGAACCUGAAGAAGAAGCUGCGGCAGGUGGAGGAGCUGCAGCAACGCGUGGAUGCCGGGGACGUGAAGCAGCCAACGAAGGAGCAGCUGGAGAAACUAGGGAGACGGAAAACGCUGGAGCAGGAACUGUGGGAGCUGGAGCAGGACUUGUGAGGGCGGGGGGCCCAGUGGGGGUUGGGGGGCGGUUCCUGCCCGACCCCGGGGUUCGGUUCAAUUUGGGUGGUUUUGUUCCUCAACGGUCAUUCUCGGUGUCGCCGACCGGCCGCUCCCAUCUAGAGUUUGGGUUUUUUUAAUUUUAAUUCUCGUUGGGGUGGGGCUGCGGCCCUGCCCCGCCCGCCUGUCCUGUUUUGUGUUGCGGCCUCUUUCUCCCUUUUUAUUUUGAUCCUUCGGGCAAUAAUAAAACCACAGUGGUGA